GGAAGAUACGCAAGGUCAGUCGAGUAAAUGUGUGGUUUUUAGGUUACUGUGUAGUGUACGUGGUUGGAAGUGAGGAAACAUGAACUACUCUAGGUUUUUGACAGCUGUGAGUAUGGCACGCAGGCCAUCCCCUAUCCGCAUCCUGACGGAGCUGCAGCAGCGCUCUCCCCCCAGCCUGAUCUCUCUCGCCGGCGGAGCCCCGAACCCCAACACCUUCCCCUUCCACUCUGCCACUAUUCAGAUGAAGAACGGAGAAACAGUCCUGUUUGAUGAGACCAUGAUGAAGAGGGCUUUGCAGUAUUCUGGUUCGUCUGGCAUUCCAGAGCUGGUGUCAUGGAUGAAGGAGCUGCAGAAGAGGCUGCACAAUCCUCCCACAGCAGCCUACAGCCCAGAGAGAGGACAGAUGGAGCUGUGUGUCACCACCGGCAGUCAGGAGGGUCUCUGCAAAGUUUUUGAGAUGCUCAUCAAUCCUGGUGAUAAUGUUCUUCUUGAUGCUCCAACGUACUCAGGAACUCUGGCAGCGGUCCAGCCGCUGGGAUGUAACAUCAUAAACGUGCCCAGUGAUCAGUAUGGAAUAAUCCCAGAGGCUCUGAGAGACAUUCUGGCCAGAUGGGAUCCUGCAGAUGCACAGAAACCUGGCAGCAGCGUCCCCCGAGUCCUCUACACCAUCCCUAAUGGAGGAAAUCCCACAGGUGCUUCCAUGACUGCUGAGAGGAAACAGAAAGUCUAUGAGCUGGCACAGAAUUAUGAUUUCCUUAUCAUCGAGGACGACCCGUACUACUUCCUACAGUUUCAAAAGCCCUGGGCUCCUACGUUUCUCUCUAUGGAUGUUGAUGGGCGAGUAAUACGAACUGACUCCUUUUCCAAGAUCCUGUCAUCGGGGUUGAGGAUAGGUUUUGUCACGGGGCCGAAGCCAUUAGUGGACCGUGUGGUACUUCACAUCCAGGCAUCCACCAUGCACACCAGCACCUUCACCCAGCUCAUGGUGUCCCAGCUCCUGCAUGUUUGGGGACAGGAGGGCUUCCUGAAGCACAUAGACAGUGUGGUGGAGUUUUACAGAGCCCAGAGGAACGCCAUGCUCUCUUCAGCAGACAAGUGGCUCAAGGAUGUAGCAGAGUGGCAUGCACCAGCAGCCGGCAUGUUCCUGUGGAUUAAACUAAAGGGCAUUAAAGACACACAGAAGCUCAUAAUGGAAAAAGCACUGGAGAAAGAGGUGCUGCUCGUGCCUGGAGGAGUGUUUAAUAUUCACAGCUCAGAGCCAUGUCCUUAUGUGAGAGCGGCCUUCUCUCUGUCCACACCACAGCAGAUUGAUGAGGCUUUCAAGAGGCUCUCAGCACUUAUCAAGGAGGCUUUGUGAAAAUUGAUUUCCUGAUUAAGAUGAAUUAUUUUGUGUGUUUUUGCACACAGACAUUAUAUGAUGACAUCAUUGCUGCUGAGGGACACAAUUCUGACUACAUUGUCCUACCUUUAUAAUUUAAAAUUAAACCAAUAAUUUAUAGGUAAAA